GAGGGUUUAAGACAAAAAAAAAAAAAAAAAAAAAAACAAGAAGCUCGAAACGACGACGUCGGCUGGGUUUUGUUGCGGUGUCUGCCGCUGCAUUGCCGCACCUCCGCCCGCGCGCGCGCAAGCAAUCCCAAUGCGUCGCGUCGCUUUGCGGCCGACGUGUCUCGCGUGACGUCUUAGAGAGAGAGAGAACCGAAACAGAAAGCGACGGAAAGAAAAAACACACGAAACGCCUAACGCGAAACGUUUCCGUCUCAGAGAGAGAGAGAGAGAGAGAGAGAGGCUUUUUGCCGCUUUGUGUUUUUAAGGGUUUUAAAGGUUUUGGUUUUUCAGAGAACGAACAAAAAAAAAAAAAAAAAACAGAGACCGAGCGAGCGAACCUCUUCAUUUUUCCGAUCUCCAUUAACCAUUACGACGUCGUUUCAGUGUUUCACAAUCCAAUCUUCUCCGAGACUCUUCCUUUUUUUCGCUUUUCACCAUUGGCCGUCAUGACCCAGGUCUGUUCGCCGGAGCCGAACCGCGCCGUGCUGCCGGAAUUUCGUUCCUGCCCGUCCUCUCCGCCAUUGCCGGCGACCAGUCCCGAUCCGUCGGCAAUUGGGCGGGAGUCUUGGGCCGGAGCCGAGCGGGCCACCCGGGAUAUACUGUCCAAGAUUCAGCCCACGGCGGCGACUCACCGGAGAAGGAAGGAUAUCAUUCUAUAUGUGCAGAGCCUCAUCACUUGUAACGUGGGCUGUCAGGUUUUUCCUUAUGGGUCAGUUCCAUUAAAGACAUAUCUUCCCGAUGGAGAUAUAGACUUGACGGUUUUCACUGGCAGUGCGCAUCUUGAGGAUGUCCUUGUAACUCAUGUUCAUGCUGUUCUGAAGGGGGAAGAGAAUAAUGAAGCUGCUCAGUAUCAAGUGAAGGAUGUCCAUCGCAUUGAUGCUGAGGUUAAACUUGUAAAAUGCAUUGUUCAAAAUAUGAUUGUAGAUAUAUCCUUCAAUCAGUUAGGAGGACUUUCUACACUACGCUUUCUUGAACAGGUUGAUCACUAUAUUGGCAAAGAUCAUAUUUUCAAACGCAGCAUUAUUCUGAUAAAAGCCUGGUGCUACUAUGAGAGUCGUAUUCUUGGUGCUCAUCAUGGUUUAAUUUCAACAUAUGCUUUGGAAACUUUAGUCCUAUAUAUAUUCCAUCUUUUUCAUUCUUCUCUAGAUGGCCCUUUAACGGUCCUCUACAGAUUUUUGGAUUACUUCAGCAAAUUUGAUUGGGAGAAAUAUUGUGUAAGUUUAAAUGGACCAGUUUGCAAAUCCUCCCUACCUGAUAUUGUGGCUGAAGUACCAGAUAAUGAAGGGGAUGAUGUACUGCUAAGUGAAGAGUUUAUUAGAAACUGUGUAGACAUGUUCUCUGUUCCAUCAAAGGGGUGUGAGACAAACUUAAGAGUGUUUUCCUUGAAGCAUCUUAAUAUAAUCGAUCCACUAAAAGAGAACAACAACCUUGGCCGUAGUGUCAAUAGAGGUAGCUUCUAUCGAAUAUGUAGUGCUUUUAAAUAUGGAGCUCGCAAGCUAGGCUGGAUUCUCUUGUUACCAGCAGAGAGAAUAUCUGAUGAACUUAACAAGUUUUUCGCUAACACUUUGGAUAGGCAUGAAAGUAAAUGCCAGACUACUGUGCAAAAUAAUGCCUUGUUGGAGCUUGGUGAAGAUUUGGACAGUCAUUGUUUGAACCUGCAAUAUAGUCUGAUUGGCCAGAGGUGUGCUACAUCACCUCCUUUAUUGCCCAGUCCUCCCUUGUCACCUCAACCAUGGAAAGAGAAUCCAUGGGAUGCUACCUGCGAAGCCCUACAGUCCCAGCACAAUAUUAAUUCUCAAGCUAAUGCAAAUGGUAUUCCUUGGGGAACACAUGCGUAUCACACAAAUGGUGCCAGUUUUUUUGUUCCUCCAUUCAGAGAAGAGAAGAACAAACCACGAGGAACAGGGACGUACAUCCCCAAUGCGUCUUUUCAGAAUUAUCGUCCCUACAAGGAUAGACACUUGCCUGGAAGGGGAAGGAAAGAGGCAGCUGGAACUUAUGCUCCAUUUCAGAGACACACUUUCAAUUAUGGCUUUCCUGCAGCCUCUCAAGAGUCAAUCGCACCUGGAGAAUGCAACCAUGAGCUCUCAGAAGCUGAGUACCCAGUUUUAAGUAAUGCAAACUCUGCAACAUCAGAUUACCAUCAACCUCAGCUUUCAAUUUGGGAGCCUUUCCAUGAAAAUGGUUUCUCCAAAUCCCCCGACAAACCUGAGUCUAGAUCCUCCUCCCCUCAAUCAUGGGAAGAAGUACCCAUGCCACAACUGGACAGUUUACGGUUAUCAGGAGUCGAUGAAGAGAGGAUUGACGAGCAGGCAUUCCAUCUGAAGGAUGAAGCUGAUUUCCCCCCGCUCACCCCUCGACUGCCUUUGAAGGACGGAAUAUGCAUUCAAUAACAAAGAGCCUGAUAACUCUAGGUGCUAACUCACUAGACUGAGCUUCUGGGGAGAAGUCUUCCCCCACCCCCACUCUCGUUGGGGUCCUCCUUCGUUGUUGUUUCUUUAAUGUAGAAUACACAGUUUGUACAUUCGGGAGUUGUUUUUCAUGUUCCAUUUCUACACACAAUCUUGUGUGCUUCCUGUGGGGUUGGGUGAAUGUAUAUAGGAGGUGAAGUUUGCCUGCCAUAGUGUGUAUUCCCUCCCAAGGUUUGUAGUUGUUUUAAACCAGUACUGAGAAGAAUUUGUUAGGAAUCUUUUCAGGUUUUAGACAUUGUUAGUAUACACAUGAGGAUGAAAUACAUAGAUGUAACAAUGACAGUUUCAGUUUAGUUGAAUUUCAUCAAUUUUUUUUUUCC